UCACCUGUUUACUAUCGCGGCAAGCCACGACGAAUCGCGUGUGUUUUGUUUCAACGCCGCGUGGAAAACAAUUGCCUACGGGGUGCAACGUUCUUUUUUUCGUUCCAUUCCUUUCUCGAACGAGGAACUAUUGCAGUUUUUAAGUGGCGCGAACGGUUGCGGUUUUCGAAUUGAUGUCAAUUGACGUUUUGAAUUAAAAAUUGGACGAUUGAGAGAAGAUUGUGAUUAUAUAGUGUCGUGAGGGGUUAAGAAGACAAUUGGAGCGGUGACCAAAGGGUUGUACGAUGCCCGUGGGAGUUGUUUAUAAUAUUUCCAGUGAGGGCUUGUUCACUGGACCAGAGAGCAGUGUACCAAUAGAUUACGCAAAGAUUUAUUCUGAUCCUGAGUCGGAGAAGGCUAUUAUGAGUUCAGUAGUGUACUGCAUUCAUCACAAAGAAGGAUGCAAAUGGUCAGACGAAUUAAGGAAAUUAAAGGGCCACCUGAACACUUGUAAACAUGACGCAAUUCCAUGUACCAGCAAGUGUGGAGCUCAGAUUCCGAGAGUUCUAAUGGAGGAUCAUCUAAAAUACACGUGUCCUCAACGAAGAACCAGGUGUGAAUUUUGCAAUAAGGAAUUUACUGGCCAUACAUUAGAGAAUCACGUAGGUAACUGUGGCUACGAACCCCUCUACUGCGAGAACAAAUGCGGUGUGAAAAUUCACAGGAGACACUUGAGCCAGCACAAAGCGUCCGAUUGCUCCAAAAGACUUCUACCCUGCAGAUAUUGUACCAAAGAAUUCGUAGCUGAUACUUUAACCGCGCACCAUUUAAAAUGCGGCAGAGUACCAAUUCAGUGCCCUAAUCGAUGCGACGUUAACGUUUUGGCCAGAGAAGAAUUAGAGAGUCACCUGAAGGAAGAAUGUACCAUCUCUGUUCACAGUUGUUCGUUUAAAGAAGCGGGUUGUAGAUUUAAAGGUCCACGGUUUGCCAUGGAGAAACAUCUGGAAGAGAACUGCCAACAACAUUUGCAGUUGAUGUGCAGCGUGGUAUCCAAACAACAGCACCAAAUAACUUCGUUGAAGAGCGCCUUGUCCAGAUUAUCGCUGAACUAUUCGGGAACCUUGAUAUGGAAAAUCAGUGAAUUCUCGAAUAAAGUAGCAGAAGCAAAAACCAAAGAAGGGAUGGAAUUGGUUUCACCUCCAUUUUACACUAGUCAAUACGGAUAUAAAUUACAGGCAUCGCUGUUUCCCAAUGGAAAUGGAGCAGGCGAAGAUAGCCACAUAUCGGUUUAUAUCAAAAUCCUGCCCGGCGAAUACGAUGGUUUGCUAAGAUGGCCCUUCGCCCAUUCCGUCUCGUUCACCUUAUUCGACCAGUCCACCUGUCCGGAAAAAGCCUGCAACAUUGUCGAAAGCUUCAUUCCAGACCCGACGUGGAAAAACUUCCAGCGGCCCAGUAAGGAACCCGAUUCCCUAGGGUUCGGCUUUCCCAAAUUCGUCUCCCACGAAAUGCUCAAGAAAAGACAUUUUAUGAAAGACGACACUGUAUUUAUUAGAGUUAAAAUAGACCCCAGUAAAAUUGUAGCAGUGUGAAUUCAAUCCUUUAUUUUUUUUGAUUCAUUCUUUAGCUGAUCUCUCAAGUUUGUAAAUAUUGUAAAUACUCGACGCACUUAUUGUAUAUUUUUGUACAAACAGGUAAAACAUAUAAAUUUGUUAUUACAGUAGCCAUUAUAUGGCUGUUAUUUUUUUAAUGUUUGUAUGUCUGUCUCUUGUCUUGUUUCGUUAGUAUUAGGUAUAUACACUUUUAAGAUGUGAGAAUACAGCUUUUCUUAAUACUUAUGUUUCUUUUUGUGAUAGCUGGAGAACGCCAAAGGAAUUGUGUUGUAUUCUAAAGUAACGUAAUUUAAAACAGUUUUAAUUUUAACGAUACACAUAGUCACUUUUUUAAGAUAUAGUUUUAUAUUUUUGAACUAAAAUAUCUUGUGUGAAUUACUAUCAUUUAUUUGGUAAAAUAAAUAAUGACUUUAA